UGUUAUUCUCUGCAAAAAAAAAAAACCAGACUUCUCAGUUCAUCUUUUUAGUGGGUAUGAAUAGCGAAAGCUUCUAUGCUUCCUAUAGCUUGAGUUUUGAGCCUCCUGUUCUGUAUUUUUUAUGUACAUUAAUGAGUUCUUAGUGGGCUUUAGAUACAAGUUCCUUCAAAGGGUCCACUAUUUCUUGAUUUGAAGCUUGUUUCAGAUAUUGUUGGAGUUAACUGGAUGACCUUUAAUGGGGUUUUCCUGGUUCUAGAAUUCCCAAAACCCAUUUAGAGUUCUUAGUUUGGAAACAUUUACAGAGAUCUCGCACUACAGACAUUGUUCAAGCUCUGUGUUGAAAAAUGAGAUCUAUAGAGGAUAAAGGGUGUUACAACAAUGGCGGAUCAACACCAGAGACUUCAACCAGUACAGUCAUUAACAACUUUGAGUUUCACAAAGGCCAUGUUAAUGGAGGUCAUCAUCAUCACCAUAGAACAGCUUUAGGGAAGCCAACACCAUCAAAAUGGGAUGAUGCCCAGAAAUGGCUGGUGGGUUUGUCAAGAGUUGGAGGAGGAGGAGGAGAAAAGAACCAGAAGAACAAGCCAAGGAACUCCAAUGCCGAUGACCGGAGACUGAUUGCUCCAGUUCCACAGAAGGAGCAGGACUACUCAAGCAGUGAAGAUGAGAAUGAAAAGCAAAAUGGGUUUCCUCUUUCAGAGACAAAGAAGGUUGAUUGUGAAGAUUCAAUGUGGAGAAUCAAUAAAUCAGUAGCAGAUAAUCCAACUUCUGGUGGAAUCAGAUCAAUUUGUUUGAGAGAUAUGGGUACUGAAAUGACUCCAAUUGCAAGCCAAGAGCCUUCAAGAGCAGCUACACCUAUCAGAUCCUCAACACCGGCUGCUCGGAGCCCGAUUUCUUCUGGAUCUUCCACUCCUGUUAGGUCUCAAAAUGGAGGAGGACAAGGUGUUGUUGAGGCAACUAAGGGUCCUGAAAGGAAGGAUUCAGAACAAGCUAGGAAGUUAAGUCCUCUAGAGGCAAGAGCAUUGGCUUGGGAUGAGGCAGAAAGAGCCAAAUACAUGGCAAGGUACAAGCGUGAAGAGGUGAAGAUUCAAGCCUGGGAAAAUCAUGAGAAGAGAAGAGCUGAGAUGGAAAUGAAGAAGAUGGAGGUAAAGGCAGAGAGAUUGAAAGCUAGGGCACAAGAGAGGAUGGCAAACAAGCUUGCGGCGACAAGGAGAAUAGCGGAAGAGAAGCGAGCGAACGCUGAGGCAGAACUGAAUGAGAAAGCUGUUAAGAUUUCUGAAAAGGCAGAUUACAUAAGGAGAACGGGUGACAUGCCCUCUUCAUUCUCCUUCAAGUUUCCUUCCCUCUGCUGGUAGCGACUCUGCAACAAGACUUAAAACACCCGCAACUCAACAGAUUAAGGUACAUUACAUAGUCUGUUUUAGGGAUUGGCGUUACUUUGGCACUGGACGUUCCAAUAAUGAGUACUAUCGGGUCGGGUGAAUUCAAUAAUGGACGCCGGCGCUCAAUCGCAGCACUGUUCCAAUAACAAUGUCACUUUAUGAAUUUAAUUUGUUUGAUCUCUUGAAAUGCUGUACAAGUUUUAACUCUCUAAUUUUUAUGAUCAUGUA